AUGGUGCGAAGAGAACUGAAGAACCGCCGUGGCGGUCUUAUGGGGAUCGUCUGGAAGACAUAUAGUAACUUCAGCAAGGUCUCCAUCUUCAGAACGUCAAGCUUGCCAAACCAUGAGAUCUUCAUAUUCUGGCUGCUAGGUACCGAAUCUGAACUUUUUGACAUGGAUACAUCCAAAGUUUCAAAUUUGCCAUCCAGUGUUAAAUUACCCACAUGCACUGCUACACUUUCUGGAUUCCACACGGCCAAAGCAUCAACAGUAACUGACAGAACAUCUGCACAGGCUGUACUUAUUAAAGGAGUUGGCGUACCUUUAUACCAAAUUACCCAACAAGAAGGCCAUAAUUUACCAUUUCAGCUGACAUCCACUGGCACAAGCUUUGCUAUCGACAAUGCACAUGUGUCUGUUGUAUUGGCCCCACAGCCUCAAACCGUUCUUCAAAAAUCGCCUGCACAGACUCUCACCCUAAACAUUGUGAAUCACCUAACACUAAUGUCUCAGAAUUGCUCCUCCGCCAUCCUUGGCACAAGCCCAGCUAAAUCAAAAAACAUUGGGAAACACAUAUGUGCCCAUUGUGGCAGAGACUGCCUAAAACCAAGUGUUUUAGAGAAGCAUAUUCGUUCGCAUACUGGUGAAAGACCUUUCCCAUGCACUAUUUGCGGCAUCUCAUUUAAAACCCAGAGCAAUCUUUACAAACACCGAAGGACACAAACUCAUGUCAAUAACGCCAAACAGAGCUUUGAUUCUGAUUGUGCUGGAUGUCAGGAAGACCAAAACACAGGACUGGCUGGAGAAAGACAUUGCUUAGAUAUCAGUAAGGCAGUUAAUGAUAUCUGUAUAAGCAAAGACCAGUGUAAUGAUAUUAUUAGUGUUGACAGUAGGACCCUGUUCUAUGAAAAUAAUGGUUUACCAUGUUUAGUGAACAAAGACAUUUUAUCAUCUGUUCGGAACUAUGAUCAGGUAGUUGGUGAACCUGACUGUGCAUCACCGUCUAAAGACUCAAUGUCUAUACUAAGUCAAAAGAGAUCCCUGAAGGACCAAAUAACUACAAUGACAAACAGACAUGCUCAAUUACAAAGGCAGAGUGGAACAUGUGCUGAUAAGCCGUUGGACUGCUCUUCAUCUCAAAGGAAGCUAAAAAAAUGUGAAAGCACAGACUCCGGUUAUUUGUCCCACUCAGACAGUGCAGAUUUGCAAAUGUUUUCUAGCAGUCCUCUGCACAGCCUUAGUGAGUGCAGUUUUGAGUCUGAGCCCUUACUCAAUACUACUCGGGACUGUGAAGAUAAAACAACAUCAUCAAAGAAAAACCUAGAAGAUCAUAUUUCCAUGUUGAUCUCCCAAAAUAAAGCUGUGGUUGAUAACACCCACCUAGACAAUGUUCGACCUAGAAAAACAACUCUGUCAAAGCAAGGCAGUAUUGAUCUCCCAAUGCCAUAUACCUUUAAGGACUCUUUCCAUUUUGACAUAAAAUCCCUAGAUGUAAACAGAAAGAAAAUUUCUCUUUGUUCAGUCAACGCUACCAUCACUCCACAGGAGAAGAAUAAGGCUAUGUUUUUCCACUCCGUGCCUACUCAGAUAUCUUCAUCUAUUGACAAUGUAAUUCUGGCACGAAGCAACUCUUUACCAUUUGUGGAAAAUGGCAGAGUUCAAGACAGCUUUUCUGUACGUAGUACUAAAGCACACCUCCAAGGAAAACAGCCAGUAAAUGUCACCUUUGCCAAUUUACUACUCUCUAAUACAGCUACAGCUUGCACAGUAGACUUUUCAAGCAGUCACCCUCGAGGUCUUGUCAGGCAGGCUGCUGUAGAUGAGGUGCAAACAAACAAUGUUUCUGAAAGUCAUAUUUCUGAAGAAAGUAAGGAAGUGAAAAGGCUUGAAGGCGAACAAAUUACCCCAAAAUUUAAAGCGGCAAAUAGAAAAGCAGGCCAUAAAAAAGUAAACAUGUUUUCUCAUGAAAAGUGGCAGAUGUAUGGAGAUGAAACAUUCAAAAAGUUUUACCAGAAAACAAAUAAGAGUGAGCAUCCCAAAAAGACAAAACCAGAAGUUCAAGACUCAAAUUGUGAAGUAAGAAGCAAAACUAUUUUGCAGACUACAAUGGCCAAGCCAUUGGAAAGUCUUUCAUCACCACCUCAGGUUGUACCACCAAUUUCAGAUUCAAAGUUUACGUCUACAUCUUCUAAGAAAUGUUUAUUCAAGACAAUAUCAGUAAUCAGUAAGGCGACAGAAGCCACCUUACCCUUGAGGAAUAUCCAGAAGGAUUUAGAUGUAGACCGGAAAAACAAAACCAUUUUAAGGUCAGGGAGUGGUAAUGAAGUUCCCAUUGAUGGCAAAGGAUGUAAACUGAAAAGUCACAAUCCUGAUUGUGCCUCUAAUGCACAAACCGAUUGUCCACAAUGUCAUCUGCAAGGUCAGACAAGUCAGUCUGUCGACGAUUCUGACAAUAUAGGUAAUAUGGUGACUGAAAAGUUAUCUAUUGCUUCAAAUAUAGAGGAAAACAUGCCUGCCAAUUUUAUUGGAAGUUCACAAAAUCAUGAGCAGUCACCUUCAGAAAGAAAGAAACUUAAGGUUGCAAAGAAGAAAGGUGACUCACUUCAAGAUACCAAGGAGCAUUCCAUAAGUAAUGAAACUGCUCAGGUCAAAUGUUUUCCUGAAAGGAAGGCUUUUAAAGAGUUACCAGUAAGUAAGGAUUAUCAGCAGAAUAUGACUAUGAAUUUCAGAAGAGAUCCUGAUAUCCUUGCAACAGAGUCCUUAGACAGAGUUAGCAGAGAUAAUUCCAUGCAAAAGAAAACAGAAAGCAAUGCCAUUAUAUAUAGCUGCACGUCACCUGGAACAACAUCACAAGGACCUUCUGAGUACAAAAUGGCCAGCACAAUAGCCAAGUCCUCUCAGGCUACAGAACUGGAGACUACCAAUGGUUUUCAGGCAGAGCUCUUCAACAGCACCCCAGUUAAGUCUAUAUUACCUCAAGAGCAGGGAAGCUCUCCAUAUAACACAGCACAUCUAUGUUGGCACUCAGGGAUCUGCAACAUGAGGGUCACCAAGGUCACCUUCUCAACCUUAAACACUGAACCUAAGUCAACUUGGUGUUGGUUGGACAAAUGUCUUCCCCUUCCAAUAGAACAAAAGGAGAAGUCAUUUUCGGUUUAUGCUUCUCUGAACUGUAAUUCCAUAAAGGACAAAAGGCCAGUUCAGGCUCCACUUUCUCAUUCCAGAAGUGUUGACAAGUACCAGGCAACAUCUGCUGGGCAACUUAUGGCAUCCUCCAUUGUUUGGAAGUCAUCGAAACAAAAGGACUGUUCAGAAGGAAUAAAACAAUCAAAUGAAAACAACCAGCAAUCAGCCAAGAGAUCGAGCAGGAUGGGAGCACGGACAAAAUCAAGGCACAUGAAAGGGAAUAAAGACAGCUGCCGAGAACAUCGACAUAGCAAAGUUGUCCACCGCAAAACGCACAAAGGCUUGUGCCAGAACCAACGGCAAAAGAAGACCUGUUCUGCUUCAAGUAUUAAGUCAGGAGAUAUUUUGCAGAGGACCACCAUAUCUGGCUCUAGAGAUCAUGCAGAUACAAUACUCACAUUACAUCCUCCUGCGCUUCAUUCUGUGGAUAAGAAAGAAGAGGGUGAAUGUGCAUAUGGGAUGGAUAGUCAUAUUGAUGAGGGGACAUCUACAAAAAUAGCCCCAGUUCCACUGCUUGCUCCUAACCACCAGCUCACUGCUGGAGAAAAAAACAAGUCACAACUCUCUGAAGAGUUUGCUAGUCUGAAAUCCCCCCAUACAACAUCCUUAAGCUGGCAGAAGUCAUGUAAUCUUCCCACUGGCAAAGAUGAAACUGCAUCUGACCAAUUAACAUCUGAAAUCAAACGGGUCCACCUACAGCAAGACCUAGUUGAUGGUCCCCCUCAAAAGCAUGGGAGAAGAAUACUGCACAGGUCAAAAACCAUAGGACACAGUAUGGGCGAGGAAACCACAGCACCAAAUCACAACCUCAAAUUACAUAACAGCAGUUUGCCCCUCUUGGCAAAUGUUGGCCUUCAGGCUAGAGUUCCCACAGAUUCCAAAAAGGUUGUAUGCAGUCCAUCUCGACAGAACUCCAGGAAAUCUGUCAUUGGUGCAUGUGAACCUUCAAAACACAAUUCAGAUGUAAAUGCUUCUGGGAAGGCUGUGGUGUCUGGUGAAUUACCAAUGGGUGAGAAUAUGCCUUCACAGAACCAUUGUCGUACUUCAGACCUUGAGCAAAGAAGUCUUAAAUUUCAGAACAAAGUUAACCUUGAGGUGAUGAGAAAACAAACCUACGUGGAAUAUAGUGACACCAGCAGUGACGACGAAGACCGACUAUACAUAGAGAUCGAAAGGGACUGAUCUGGAAUAAUAA